UGCUUGCCCCAAACUCCGCACUGGGAGGGAGCAUUUCCAGCCCUUUGGGAUGGCCACCAUCACCUGCAAUCGCUUCACCGAGGAGUACCAGCUCUUUGAGGAACUGGGCAAGGGUGCUUUCUCCAUCGUUCGGAGAUGUGUGAAGGUGUUGGCAGGACAGGAGUAUGCAGCCAAGAUCAUCAACACCAAGAAGCUCUCUGCUCGAGAUCACCAGAAGCUGGAAAGAGAAGCCCGGAUCUGCCGCCUCCUGAAGCACCCCAACAUUGUGAGGCUCCAUGACAGCAUCUCUGAAGAGGGCCACCACUACCUGAUAUUUGACCUGGUCACUGGUGGGGAGCUGUUUGAGGACAUUGUGGCCAGGGAGUACUACAGUGAAGCAGAUGCCAGCCACUGCAUCCAGCAGAUCCUGGAGGCUGUCCUGCACUGCCACCAGAUGGGGGUGGUCCACCGGGAUCUGAAGCCUGAGAACCUGCUGCUGGCAUCCAAGCUGAAGGGUGCUGCUGUCAAGCUGGCUGACUUUGGCCUUGCCAUCGAGGUGGAGGGGGACCAGCAGGCAUGGUUUGGUUUCGCUGGCACCCCGGGAUACCUCUCCCCUGAGGUGCUCCGGAAGGAUCCGUAUGGCAAAGCUGUGGACCUGUGGGCUUGUGGUGUUAUUCUCUACAUCCUACUGGUUGGAUAUCCACCCUUUUGGGAUGAAGACCAGCACCGACUCUACCAGCAGAUCAAGGCUGGGGCUUAUGAUUUCCCUUCUCCUGAGUGGGACACAGUCACUCCUGAAGCAAAAGAUCUCAUCAACAAGAUGUUGACCAUAAACCCGUCCAAGCGCAUCACGGCAGCGGAGGCUCUGAAGCACCCCUGGAUAUCCCACCGUGCCACCGUGGCAUCAUGCAUGCACAGGCAGGAGACGGUGGAUUGUCUGAAGAAGUUCAACGCUCGGAGGAAGCUGAAGGGAGCUAUCCUCACCACCAUGCUGGCCACCAGGAAUUUCUCUGGAGGCAAAAGUGGUGGCAACAAGAAGAAUGACGGCGUGAAGAAAAGAAAGUCCAGUUCCAGCGUUCAGUUAAUGGAAUCGUCGGAGAGCACCAACACCACCAUCGAGGAUGAAGACACCAAAGUACGGAAGCAAGAAAUCAUUAAAGUCACAGAGCAGCUGAUUGAAGCAAUAAGCAAUGGGGACUUUGAGUCCUACACGAAGAUGUGUGACCCAGGGAUGACUGCUUUUGAGCCUGAGGCACUGGGCAACCUUGUGGAGGGCCUGGAUUUCCACCGAUUCUACUUUGAAAACCUGUGGUCCCGGAACAGCAAGCCUGUGCACACAACAAUCCUGAACCCCCACAUCCACCUGAUGGGAGACGAAUCUGCCUGCAUCGCCUACAUCCGCAUCACGCAGUACGUGGACGCGGGAGGGAUCCCCCGCACCGCUCAGUCCGAGGAGACCCGCAUCUGGCACCGCCGGGAUGGCAAAUGGCAAAUUGUCCACUUCCACAGAUCUGGGGCACCCUCUGUCCUACCGCAGUAAGCCCUCUGAAGUGUUGGUCCUGCCUGCGUGGGGUUUGUCACUGACUGACUACCAAGGGGAGACCUCCUCUGACAUCUUCACCUACGGGACUUUGGCUGUUGGCUCUGCUGCUUGGUUCCCUGCUGGAAUAACCCCUCGCUUCUCACCGUGCACACUCAACAGCCCAGCCAGUGCUGUGCAAGCAUCCCAUCAAACCCCCCAUGCCUCCGGGGCCACGCAGCUGUGUCCCUUCCUCUGCAUGAACCAACAAGAGAGAAACCAUGAACCUAAACCCGAGCAUCCGGCUGGCGAGAUGAUGUGUGCCAGGGUAAAGGCCUCUCCCCCCCAGCUGCAUGAUGUUGGGACUCCUCACUGCUCAGCACACCUCCUGAUUUGGGCUUGGACUCAUCAUCCGCCUCCAUCCUCACCUCUGCUGGGACCCCCCAGGGAAGAGGAGGGCAGGGGGGCUGUUUUGAGCUGCUCUGUGCCACACCCUCCCUGCACACCGGUGGAUUUUGCUUUGCUGCUAUCAAGGUCCCCAUCUGCCCCCAUGGCUCCUGCUCACUCCUAACACAAGCUCCUGCUCCCUGGCAGCCUUGGCUGGGGAACUGCAGUUCAAACUCCUUGCAGAGUCCAUUUUCCACACACCCCUGGGUGAGGAGGGCAGUGUUUGGAUGGGUGAGUAGAGGCUAUCUCUUUAUUUUCCCUUCCCAGGAGGGUGAGUAGGUUUGUGCCCUGGCUCUGGGCAGCUGCUGUGCUCAGGGGGAUGCUCUCCCUCCUUCCUCCCUUCUGCUCUCGGAGCAGGGACUGGUGAAGCUAGGAGAAGAGAGGAGGAGAAAGGCAAGUGCUUCCCAGCACUGCAUGGGCACAUCUGGGAACUGGGGCUCUCCUGGCCAUGCCAUGCCAUGCCCGUGGCAUCACUCCUGCACCCUACUCCUCGCCACCAUCACCCAUCCUGGAUCUAUCACUCCAGCAAUUUCUUCUGCCCCUCGCAUGCAGCCCCAGCACUCCCCCAUGCCCGGCUUCCAGGCUGGGAUGGGGCCAGCCAAACUGGCCAGGAACUUGGGGCACAAACUUCCCUUGCCCACACGACUCCUUCCAGCAAUGACAAGGAAUGCAAGCUUUAUAAAGUAACAAAACUCUGCAGAAUCUGAUUGUGCUUCGAAGAAAACAACCGAGCCUUUAGCUGUCUUCUACUUUGAGCGCAUGCCUUUUUAUAGGGAAAGGAAAACAACCUACUGUGUAUUUCGUAACUUGAUUUUGAGUAUUUGCUGAAAUGGAUCUUUAUGUAAUAACUAUAAACAUUCAACUGUUCUAGGGCAGGGAGGGUGGGGGGAUUUUCAGGGGUUGCUGUUUUUUGUCACGUUUACAUUUGGUGAGGGGCUGUGCCGCCACGAUGCUCCUGCCAGGGGCCCUGCAGGGGCUCAUCUCACCCUGUCCUGCAGCAAUGAGCAGGCAAAGGCACCCUCACCAGGUGCACCCACUCCCCAGGGUGCUUUCCUGCACCCCUUGGGUCUUCCUGCAAGGCAAACCCAGGUGGUGGCUCUUGUGGAGCCACCAGCACGUGGCUUUCAGGACAGAAGAUGUGGCCGGGAAAGGGAUUUUGGUCCUGCCAUUUGCCAUCAGGUAGAGGGCUGAGGAUGGGUCUUUUCCUGGCAAUUCUUCCAUUUCUUGGUCUCUUUUUAUCUGACUGGAACCUCUUUGCUCCUUGACAUGAGACUCCUGCAGUGCUGCUGCCCUGAGGGACUUUCUAGCUGCACUCUCUUCAUCUGCAUGGCGUUUAACUUUCUAGGUGGUGUGUGUGUUGAAAAACAAAAGAAAUGAACAAAAACUCGCUUGUUUUGGACAUAAAAAAAAAGGGAAAAAAAAGAAAAAAAAGAAAAAAAAAAAGGAAAUGUUUGAAAUGUUUUCUCCGUGUAAAUUCUGAGUGUGUAUUUUGCCUUUUCUGUGGUUUUGAAUGCUUUGCUCUCUGUCAAGGCAGGAAGGGCUGCUGUGUGAAACUUGGCCACAUCCUUGCAGACUGCAAAAAUAUUCUCCCACUGGAUGGAGGGGUAGAAAUCCAAACUUUUGGGGCAUGAGCAGGCCCUGAGAGGUGUUUUUGUGCAUCCUGCUGUGCCAGCAGCAUGAUGGUUGCUUGCUGGCAGUGUGUGUAGGAGACAAGUCACACAGGUUCUAUACAGGUGCAAACGUUUGUCCCUGUGCCCUUGGUGGACCUGUGCUGUUUGACUGUGGAGCUGCUUUGGCUUGCAAGAGAUGUCCCUGAACCAGGGAAAUCCGUGCAGGGAGAGGUUUUGCUUUUAAAGUAGAGUUGGGGUGUUUUUAUAGAUCUGUUUUUCUUCCUGUAGUUGUGUAGUGCUGAAGUUUUUUUCAUUUUUUUAAAGGAAGGACUCAGCUCUUUCACAGUUCUCUCUCUCCCUCUUCAGAGCUGGCUUUGAAGCCAGCCAUGGUGAGUGCCUCAUCCAGCUCCCAGUGCCCAGGCUCUCUGGGUGUCAGGAGUAUUUUGGGGGUCAGUAUGAGAUGGAUGAGGAAGGAGAAGGUCCUGGCAGGAAUCAUGUGAUUUCAACCUGAUUUUGAAGCUGCUGAUAGUUGCUGACCUCGUGAGGGUAAAGGUGCUCCAACAGCUGCUGCUGAAGGAAGGUCUGGGACAGGGAGUGCAGUGGGGUUUGCUGGGAAUGAUGGAUGAGAUGCUGGGGUAGAUAAAAUCUCUUUUCACUGAGAGCCCACUUUGGGCAGUCGCUGCUAGGGAGGAACAUCUUGGUUUCCAGGGAGGCUUUGAGCUGUCUUCUCCUUUUGAGGCUUCCCUCCUGUCAUCUCUCCAGGGCCACAUGCCUCUGGAGGCAGCUGGAUGUCCUUGCAGCACCUAAAAUACUCCAAAUCAUUUCCAAGGAAGCAGAGUCUGGGGUUUCAACUCCUUUCCAGUCUUCCAGUCAAGCUGAAGCCUGACCCAACUUCCCAACUUGCCCGUGUUGGCAGCAUUAAGCACCUGCACUUUAGGGGUCUGUUCUGCCUGGUUUCUUUUCCCUACCUUGCCCUGUUUCUCCAGAGCAAGUUCCUGUAUUCCCAGGGCAUCUCUGAGCAAGCACUGAUAAACCACCCCCCUUUCUUUUCAUAGCCAUGGUGAACAGCUUCUGUUUCUGUCUUCCAUCACAUUUCCUGAUUACUCCUAAAUUUGCAAGAAAACUAAAAAAAAAAUUAAAAAAAAUUCUCCAAUUGCCACCAUCCUUCUUUGGCACACAGAACCAGGGAUGCUGCCCCUUACAUCUGCACUUUUAAGCUCUUGGCUCCAUUCCUCACAUACACUGACUGGCAUCACCUCAACAAUCCCACCACGGUUCCAGGACAUGUUCCCAACAAGUAAUAUGGAUGAAGCCACCUUGUUGGGAUGGAGUUCACCACAGAUCUGCUGUCCCCAUCAGGCUGUGGCAUGUUUAAUUUCCUAGUACAGACACAGCCUGACCCCCUAGGUCUGUUGGGGUCAAACCAAAUUCAGAAGUCCCUCAGACUGAUCAUCUCUUCCAACACAGGCAUAUCUGAGGGGAAGCACUGGCUGCAGCUCCCAGCUCUGCAGGUGAGCUCAGGAAUCUCCUGUUUUCCCUUCCUGGCUGCCAGAGUCCAGCUCCAGCUGCAAGGUCAUUGUUUCUCAGGUCUUGCUGGUGCAGCUACUCUGGAAGAAGAGGAGUCCUGUCCUCUGCUCUUUGCUGAAGGAGCAGGUGCUCUUCUCCUUACCCCAGUCAAGCACAGCCAAGAGAGUUGUCUUUCCCCACCCCGAGUAAAUGCCCCAUCUGCCAGGCACCAAACCCCCAUCUGCUCCCAAACCUGCCUCCCGUUCAUUUGGCUUCCACAAGACGAUGUCCCCAUGGAGCCCCCGAGGUUGGAGCAGGCAACAGCCACCAUCUGCCUCCACUUUGAGCUCACUUCUGCAGCCCAUGGCAGUGUCACUGGGGAGGAACAUCAAACAGCAGUGCCAUGUUUGGAAGGGCAGGACCCCCAUGGACCAAGAGCUGUCUCAUAACCAUCUCCUCUGAUCACCCCAGGAGCUGAGAUAACCCUUCUUUCCCACUGCAGCACACAUCUCAUGCUGUGCACUGCUCUCUUGAUGCAACCACUCUCCUCCUGAUAACAGGGAAGUGUCCUGACUGCUAUCCAUGUCCAAAGGGUCAGGUCUCAGCUCACCCAUACCAGACAGGGAAACCCAGGUAGGUGUGAACAGGCUGUGGGAACAUCAGAGGAGGAACUGGUGGCCCCUCUCCCCAAAGGGCCACUAACCCUGCCCCUUGGCUGAAGGCCCUCUCACCCACAGGUUGAAGGGGUGGAGGAGAGGGGGCAGUGGAAGGGCUAUAUGGAGCAGCUCCUUCCUUCUUUGGGUUUUUGUCCCUUUUUUCUAACUGUUGCACAAUUUCAGGGCUUUUGUAACAUUUUUUUUUUUUUUUUUUGGACAACCGGGGAAAAUAUGUUAAUGGAUUAAGAAAAAGAUGAGAUAUCUCAUAUAUUAUAUAUAUAUACUAAAAUAUAUAUAUACAUACAGGAAAUAUCUAUGGAAAUAUUUAUUUAAGAUGAUUGCAAAGGAUAUAUUAUGAUUAAGAGUAUACCAAGCUUUGUCACAUAAUAAAAAUUCAGGCCCCGGGGAGGGGUAGCUGCCUGUCCCCUCGUGUCUGUCAGUCCCUGUGGUUG